GCUGUGUGUAGCUGCUCUUAUCAACACACACACACUUCCAGCAGAUUUUAUUUCUUCUGCAGACUCGGAUCUAACAACUGUACCCUCAUAAACCCGGAGCCGGACUACCUCCUGAACCCAGACCCAGAGAUUGUCCGGGUUUGUUCGUGUCAGUGUUUGUUUUUUUCCCUGAUGAGAAGAGGUCGGCUGAAGUUUGCAGCUCUGAGCUGAAGAUGCAGAACUCCAAGAGCUUCAUGUUGGAUGAUUUCCUCGCAGGAUGGAUCGGCGGUGAGUGAUGAGAGGUUUUCCAUGUGUUUUUGUAGAGAGAGAGAGAGAGAGAGAGAGAGAGGGGUCUUCUCUCCCUCUCUCUUUAUGGUCGGCUUGUUUAGGGGGUCUGUGGGGGGAGGGGGUCCAUGCAUUCAAAAGGAUCUGCAGACAUGUUUGGACUGAAUGCAAAAGUAGACGCUGAUCUGAGAUUUUCUCGAUCAGCAGGAAAAAAACCUGCAGGAUUCCCCCCAUGUGUCCUCAUCCAGGGUAAAGAAUGGAGGGUCUGCAGUGAAAGUACCCCCUCCCUCUGUUUUCCCACCCUGAUAAAUAGACCCCCCCCCUCCUCUCCUCUGGUCUAUUUUCCAGUGAACAGAGAUAAAGUCUUAUCACCUCUUUGCAUGUUUCCAAUGAAGCUUCAGCAGCUGAAGUUUCAAUUCCUCUGCAGAAAAACCGCUUUUUGGAGAAGAAUACUGCUGCAGUGACAGGCUGUGGCCGCGAGGGGCGCAGCUGCAGGGGGGCACAAACAAAAGCAGGCCUCUGCCCCCCCCCCCCAAGAAAGUUGAGGAGCAGUGAUCAAACUUUAGGUUUCAUGAUUAGAGCACAAGGAGAAGAUUAGACAGGAAAUGGGUCAAUGUCUCUUUUGGUAAUUGGACAUAACAUUUGGAAAACAGAUAUCAAAAACAUAAAAAUGACUGUUUAUUAGAUUUUUGUUUUAAUAUAGAAAAAAACAAACUUGAACUACAGCUUGAUUUUCUUUUUUGUUGUCUGGAACAAGUGAGGAAAAGUCACAUAAUGGUCUGAAUAUUGACUUUUAUCUCUAAAAAGAAAAGAAAAUAUUGGGGGAUCCGAUUAUUUUUUUUUUUUUGGGGGGGGGGGGUCAUAUUACUGAUUAAUUGGCCAAUUUUUAAAUUUUCUUUAUUUAUAUAUAUAUAUAUGUAUAUACUUUAUUUUAUUUUUACAAUAAUAUAUAUUUGAUCAUACAGAUAGCAUCACUAAUACAUGCAAAAACUAAAAAAUAUUAACUUUUUUUUUGUUUGUUUUUGAUCGCUUUUUGGGGACCCCUACUGGCCGUGGGGCCCUAAGUUGGUGCUUAGUUCACUUAUGCCUUGGGAUGGCUCUGAUGGUCUGUCAAAAACAGUGUCCAAAAUGGUGAACAUUAUUUUCAUGAUGAGAAAAUAUCAUACACACAAGAAUAAAUGGAACAACAGCAAACCCACAAUAAACUGUUUUAAGACUGAAAUUAAAAACGAUAAAACAUCCUUGAGAGGAAAAUCAGUCUAUGAAUGAACUGUAUGAGACAAUGUCAAAGUCUCUUUCUCUUUAAAUGUAAUCCUAUUUCUUUAACACGCUUAAAGCACUUUUUUGCUGAAAUGUCACCCUGUUAUUAUUUUUAUUUUAUAUUUUUUACCUUGUUACUGUGUGACAGGUUUGUGCAUUUAUUUCCUCAGAUGAGUUCUUUAUGUAUUUCAUUUCAUAUUGAAAUGUACGACAUAUUGUUAAGUCAAAUAAAGCUGAAAAAAAGAAGAGUACAAGGACUGUUUUUAAAGACCUCCAUCAGCUGAUUUUAGUGGAGUAUGAUCCUUUAAAAUGAAUGAAAUAAAAAUCUGUAUAAAAGGACGAAAAGUUAUUUAACACCAGAUAGAAAUCCUGCAGGUCAAAAUGUUUCACCAAAAUAAAAGCCUUUAAUAAUCACUCCUAAAGAGAAUAAUUUUGGUUUAUUUAAAUUGACCAAAACAAUGUAAAAGUAGAAAAUACUGAGUAUCCAAAGUCGCAAACUAAUAACACAUUUAAAUUUAAGUUUUCAAAAUAAAAGCUUGAAUAAAGAGAGAAAUGCCGACCUUUUUCAACCCUGAGAAUCAAUAAGGUUUAAUAUUGAUCCAGUUAAACUGACUCCUCUGUGUGUCUGCGCUGAAAUACUGUCGUUCAAAAUGGACUCAAACUCUCUCUGUGUUGUUGGUUUGGUAACAAAAAGGCGAGAACGACAGCGAGUGUUCAUUUACAUUCUCCUAUUGUCCUUCAAUGAACGGAGUACCUCUGAAAACGACCUGUUUCCCUCUGCAGACCCUCAAGACCCUGUUUAUUAACAUGGCAGAGAAGUGUGUGUGUGGGUGGGUUCACUCAGGAUGGACUCUAACUUAGACAGCACCAUGUGUGUUUCUCACUCAGUUCUCAGUUUUAGUAUUUUCUGUGUCUGAGUUUGAAACAAAAGUUUCGUAGUUGUUCGGUCGGUAUGUUCACGACCUUCAGUGUAACUUUCCAAGGACACUGAGUCUGAUAAAGUACGGCUCCUGACUUCACUCAUGUUGAGUCUGACUCCCACAGAGACAGAAGAAGAUUAAAACACUUAUUUAAUAUAAUUUUCCUCAUAUUCAACUUUCUUUUGUCAUUCAAAGUGUCACUUUACAUUUGUGAGCUGUCGGUCUAUCGCUGCACUAAAUGAAUCAGUCUGAGGUGUAGUUUAUAUAUGUCCGAUAGGAUAAUCUGGAAAUGCACAAUAAUAAGAAAAAUCUAAAGUAUCUCAGCUUCAGUCUUCAUAUAACACACCUCUUCCCUUUACCUCUAUUAUCGACUUAAAUCAGAUUUUAGCUCCAACCCCUCCAGUCCUUACCCUGUAAACUCUAAUAAUCACUAAAUAUUCUUCUUAUUAUCUGAACUGGUGUUUUAAACUUCUCAUGAAAACUCCUCUCCUCUUCUCAGAGUGAUUUAUCUCUUUGUUUUUCCUCAUUUUUCCUCGUUUCUCUGCUGCAGGAGCCUCCAGCGUGGUCGUGGGCCAUCCUCUGGACACAGUGAAGGUAUGUCUGAUCUUUGGUGUGACUGAACCACGCUCCAGUCCUUUUACCACACAGAUUAAAACAAAAGAACAAACAUCUGCACUGCAUCUGGAGCUAAUGUGAUUGUUUGUUAGACUCUUAUUUAAUCGCUCUUAUGUAAGUAAAAUUAAGAGCAGUUUGACAUACUAAAGACAUUUUACAACAAAGACAAUUGCGUGCUAAGAUGAGUACUUUUGGCUACAUGUGGUAUUUUAUGGCAGUAUUUCUUUCUGAAUCUGACCAAUGGAGCAAACGUGUCUGUCGGAAAACUGCAGUUCCUCUAACGGCCACUUGAGGCUGACUCCAAGGAGUCCCAUCAAAGCCUGCAUGAAAAUACAAGAUUUAAUCACCAAGAAGAACUUUUGGACUCAGAAAAAAGCAUCACGCAGUAUUUCCGUCCUUCUUGGGUUUUCCUGCUUUAUCGGCUUGAUGUCGGAUGUUAAAGUAGAUUACAGGUUUAUCGGACAAAAUGCCAAAAAAGUCUUGAUUCGCCGACUAGAAAAAAACCUUCUCACUCUCCUCGAGUAAAAUCAGGAAGACACUUUCAUACCGUUUUGAUGAUUUCUAAUCAUGAGUUGAAUCUGAAUUUCUCGGUUCCUCUCCUGCAGACGCGGCUCCAGGCUGGAAAAGGCUACAAGAACACUUUCCACUGCGUCCUGACCAUCUACAAGAAGGAAACGGUAAUUAUUUACACUUUUUAAACUUCGUGUAAAGUCUUUAUUUGCUACCAGAACUCAAACCAGCCUGUCUCCAAAAACAGCUGUUGCUAAUCGUCUUAAACUCUCCAGUCUGAGUCCACAGCAAACUCGGCUUUCACCAGGGUGUUUUAGAGCGAUCCCACAGUGGUGUGACAUUCGAUUGGUGCGAGUGAAGUCAGACGAGCGUGCUCAGAUGUUUUUAAAAGUCAGAAAAGUGUAAGAUGUAGAUGUUUUUGUUGCAAACCCUCUAAUUGGCGAGUGAAGAUGGAGUUUCAUCGUUAUUCCAGACUUUCCUUCCAUCUUCAAACACGAGCUGGUGAAGUCCUUCAUGACCUCGUGAUAACAAGUCUGUGAGCCGUGGAUUCACUGCUGCAAACACUUCGAAUGAUGGUGAAGUAAAACAGAAACAGACACUUCAUUGUUCAGACAAACAGAUGAAUAGUUAAUAUGAUUCCUAACAGAGUUUCAAAACAUGCAGUAACGACAUUUUUCUUCUCCCUGCAUUUAAGCGACUUUUGUUGGGAGUUUCACAAGAUUUCUGGAGAGACAAAAAACGUAGAAUCAACUCUUUCUGCCUGUUUCUCAUCUGCUGACUGAAGUAGUUUACACCCUUUCCAUCCUCUCCUCUCACUCGCUUCAGUGAUCUUUGUUUGUGCACAAUAAUCUUUUUUUCUAUACAUCAUAUUUAACUCCGCUCACACUGUAAUUACCCCCAUCUCGCUCAGCUUGGGUCCUCCGCUCUGUUUCUUUUGUUUUCUCCACUGACCCAGUUUUCCGGCUCUGUUUGUCGAAGCUUUGUUUCUGUUAAAAUCACGUUCCUGAUCGUCUGCCGACUGUACAGAAACAGACUAACAGGAGAGAUUCGGUCGAGUUCGAUCGUGAAAAAGCUUCAGUUUUUCUCAGAUUGUGAAACUUCUUUGUGGUUGAAGAGGAAUCUUUUACUAAAGUGAUCGUUGACUCCUCCACACAUGUGUCGGUUCGAACCCUGCAGUCAGAUGAUUCGGUGGACAGCUGGGUUUGAAUUUCAACAUGUGUUUCUCAAAUUCCUCCCCACCCCCCCCCACUUGGAAACGCUUUUUCCACGGAGCAGAAACCCAAAACAUUUGGCAGCCCCGUCCAUCCAUUUUUCAUCCUGCAUUGUUGGCAGAGACCAAAAUAACUCCAGGAAAGUUUCCUGAUAAAAAACACUCUCUGUGGGUUUAACCCUCUGAUGGCUCCGUGUCUGCGCUCUUUCAGGUCAUGGGGUUCUUUAAGGGCAUGUCUUUCCCGCUGGCCAGCAUCACCGUCUACAACUCAGCCGUGUUCGGCUUCUUCAGUAACACACAAAGACUUAUUAGCAAGUAUCGCUAUGGCAACGAGCGGCAUCCCUGCGGCAUGUUGGACCUGACUGUCGCCAGCAUGCUGACCGGACUGAUGUCGGUGGGAAUAGGAGCCCCCGUGGAUCUGGUCAAGAUCAGGCUGCAAAUGCAGACGCAGACCGUCUUAGCAGGUACGUUUGAGACCUUUAAGGUUCUUAUUUUGGACUUUUGACCUUUCUGUGCUUUUCUGGGGGUUCAAAUGACUUUCGGAGUUCAUGCGAACUUCCUAAAAUCCCUCAAAUUCAACUCCAGGUUGUAGUUUUAAAGGGAUAUUCUGGUACUUCAUCCUGUGAUUAAACUCUUCUGACCUCCGAUUUAUCGCUUUAUGAGUUCAGUGGAAACUCAGAGGAUAAAACUUUAUUCAGAAUAUUCAGACAUAAAGUCUGAUUCACUCCGCCUGAAUGUCUGCAAGUCAAAGUCGUGCAGCAAAACUCUCCUAGAAGGGAUAUUAAAGGGAAGAGUUAGACCCCCCCUCCAGAGAUGAAUGUUGUCGACCGCUUGCUUCUCUAGUUAUACCAACUUUAGUAACGACCGCACGAUAGCGAUACAGAGAGCCACGCCCUCAACCAAAACGCCACUCUAUAGCCACAAAUAAUGCUCAGAACAGCACCUAACUUCAUCAACAGGACAUAUAGGGUCACAGCCAUAGUACUAGACACCAAAUGUUCUUCCUUGAGCUGCGACACCCCGCUGAAUCUUUGUAACUUUGACUCAUUUCUUUAGCAAAGAGACUAAACACAACUCACCUGCUCUCUUCCAGCAGCCGCUUGUUUGUAGCGAGACCUCAGGCCAGUCCAUUACGGACUCAGCGGGGUGUCGCAGCUCAAGGAAGAACAUUUGGUAUCUAGUACUAUGUCUGUGACCCUAUAUGUCCUGUUGAUGAAGUUAGGUGCUGUUCUGAGCAUUAUUUGUGUCUAUAGAGUGGCGUCUUGGUUGAGGGCGUGGCUCUCUGUAUUGCUAUCGUGCGGUCGUUACUAAAGUUGGUAUAACUAGAGAAGCAAGCGGUCGGCAACAUUCAUCCCUGGAGGGGGGGUCUAACUGUGUGUUUGACCCUAACUUAAAUUAACGCCGGAAUAUCCCUUUAAGGAGAGUUUCGACUUGCAGACAUUCAGGCGGAGUGAAUCAGACUUUAUGUCUGAAUAUUCUGAAUAAAGUUUUAUCGUCUGAGUUUCCAUGAACUCAUAAAGCGAUAAAUCGGAGGUCAGAAGAGUUUCAUCACAGGAUGAAGUAGCACGAGGAACAUUUAUUACCUUUUAUUGGCGGAGAGUCACUCCAAGUUCACACCCUUCACACCUGCCGUCAAGCGAUGACUCUCUGUGGUAUUUUGCAUCGUCACAGGAGAGACAGAGCGUUGAGUUAAUGAAAUAAACGGUAGAUCUGUUUAUAGUAAAAAUUAAAAAACUUUGGAGUUUGUUUGAUAAAGUUUUCGCUCCUUACAGAAAAUUUGCACCUUGCUGGAAACGUGUCAAACGGCAGCGAGAUCCCUCUGCGCUCCGUCGACAUCCCCAGCCAGAGACUCUACAGAGGCCCGCUCCACUGCAUCAGCAGCAUCCUGCAAACUGAGGGCCUGCAGGGCCUGUACAGGGGGGGCGGGGCCAUGGUCCUCAGGGACGUCCCCGGAUACAUGCUCUACUUCAUCCCUUACACCAUCUUCUGUGACCUGCUGAAGCCGGACGCCAUGUCCAGUCCUCAUCCCUGUUCCAUCUGGCUGGCUGGAGGACUCGCAGGUAAAUAUGACGGUCUGUCCACGGCGGCGCCGUAGGCUGAGGUUUAACGCUGUCCGGUCACUGAGGUUGGAUUUUGAGCAGGUGGUGUCAAAGAUAAGGACAAAAAUGUGGACACCUCGUGCUCUGACUCAAACCGGAGGAGUGGAGAUGGUCAGGGGGGUGGAGUCAAGUCCUGAUGAAUCCUGAUAAACCGCUCCCUGUGGGUCAGAUCUGACUCACAGAUCCUGUUUGUCCCAAUCAGCCCAGCCUUGAAUUCCAGGCGCGUCUAAAGACUGAAAAAUACAGGGUGUGUCUUUAGAGCGUAGCCGCAGCGUUGCGUAUCACACAGCAAGUAGAUCGCCAUUCUGAUCAAUGCAGCAAAGCGUUCAGAGCGCGUAUCAGCUCCGUCACAGCAUCGAAAGCGGCGGGUCUAUUUUUGCUGCUCUACACUUCCAAUGCGCGUCAAUCUACACAGAGAUGAUCGUUCUAGACAGGAAGUUAGGCACGAAAACCGCACAUGUCGUCCGGUAAAUUUCAAAAUAAAACACCAUAUGUGAACUCCAGACUGUGUAUCAGUUCGUGUAGAUGAGAAAUCCUUCCUGGUUCUGGAUUUAUCAGUAACACAGAACAAUCUGACGGUCGAUCCCUGAUCCAUGUGGACCCCAACAGGACUCUGAACUGCUAACAGCAUAAAGAAACAGAGUUUACUUUGUUAAACACGAGUAAAUCUGCAAAAACACAAACUGUAAAAUCACUUAAAGCUUUUUCACAGACAGUAGAGGCUCAACAGUCACUGAAUUAUAUCCAAAUUAUCAGGAAAUCGACCACAGAAAGGAAAAACAACCUGUUGUGAGCCUGUUGUUUCCUCUACACUGACCGGGGCUGAACUACGCCGCUGCUCCACUCCAAAUCCGCUGAUCCUGUUUGAGAUCAGAUGGCUUAUCGUGGCAUUAUCAGACAGUGAGUGUCUAUAAAAGGGCCAAAUUAUGAAAAGAAACAUGUUUUUGGCAUGGCAACAGUGAAGGAGGCCUCUAGAAUACUGGGGCGUUCAGUGGUUGAAGUGAGGGUUACACACAUGCAGUAAAAGGGUUUUAUGUGUGUAACAGAGUCUGUUUGACCGACAACAACAAAAAUAUUUAUAAAUGGUUUGAUGAAAAGUUUUUCUGCGGAUGGUUCAGCGAGAAGGAAAGUGAGGUUUCAAUUUAAUGUUUGGAGGACUUGACGGCCUCAGAGCGGAUCAGUACAGAUCCUCUUUAAACCACGAUCCCUCAGAUCAGCUGCUGGAAGGAAACAGUCGCUCCAAAUCUAAAAAAAUCAACAGUUUCAUUCUCUGGAUCUGGUUUGUCAGAAGUGGACGUGGAUUCUGUUUGUCGCAGCUCUGUGAAGUGUGUCGGUUGUUUUUACUGCCCCGGGAAUCCUUUAUGAUUCUGAUAAGAGUCAUAAAGUGAGGAUGUAAACACGUCUGACCCUGUAUCACCUCUGUGAACGGUGUUGUUGGCGUACGACUCGUGAUCUCGUGAACAUUAUAGCUUUAGCUCCGUUUUCAGGAGAGCUCAGAUUUUUGGGGCAGGAAAGGGUGUGUAAACUUGCAGCCAACCACACGCUUCGACCCGGGAGAGCAUGAGCAGUGUGGGUCGGGUAAACAGAGAGUAUCCUGUGGACUCUGAUUUGGGGGAAUGUGUGGCCUCUGAGGUUCGAGCAGAUUUUCUUCCAGAUGCAGUCCGGCUGGCUGAGUACGAACACGUGACAGAGUCAGCACGUGGUGGACAGAGAGCUGAAAUCAGCGGUGUGCCAUAAAUCUGUGACAUGUGGAAGUUUGGCCCCGCCACCAGGCUCUGCAGCUGAGUGAUGAGCUGUGCUGCGAUUUCACAGAGCGGCUGAUUAUGAAAUUCUUAAUUUUUUAAAGGACGUGUGAGAAAUUUUAGUGAAAAAGACGCUCUCUCAGAUUGAGCUUUUCACGCAAUCAAACAGACUUCUUUUCAUUUUUCUUUAGCCUCACCUGAAGCUUCUAAAUGAAGAAACUUUGACUUUCCUGAGCAUCAGGACUCUGCUGAGUAAAACCCAAAAACAAAAGGAUUAAAACGAAGUAAAAACUGAGGCGAGGAACUGAGCUGGUAACUCCAAAACAGCCUGUUCUGACCGACUGCAGAUACUAAUUGUUGUUCUUCUCGUCUCCAGGGUCCAUUUCUUGGGUCACGGCCACGCCGGCUGAUGUGGUGAAGAGUCGAAUGCAGGCGGACCCUCAGCUGCAGAGGAAGUACAAGGGGAUCUUACACUGCAUCAUCCACAGCUACAAAACCGAGGGAGCACAGGUGAGAUCAGACUCCAUGGGUCUGUCUGAGGGAAACUCAGUUACAGAAGUUCAUGCAAUUAAAAAAAAUGUUAUAUUUACGACUCGGUGCAUCAAAGCCGACACUUCCACGACACUUCACGCAUCAGGUUGCGUUUAGUGUGAACGCAUUUUCCCACGGUUAGGUAGGGCAGCACGAUGAAUCGAUUUUAGAUUCUAAUCAGAUUAUUUGAUUAUGAUGUAAAAAAAAUUAAAAUACGCAAGUCGAUUUUCCUCUCUAUCACGUCUCGUGCCUCCAGGCCACCGUAGACUCCUCCCCCUUCCUGCAGUUCCCACACACACCAGUGUAAACAAACAUGGCGUUUGCAAAAGAAGGCGAUAACUAUGUGGUUAAAUAAGACAAGAGCGAGUCAGUCGUGUUGAACUGGUACGACUUCACAGUUUCAGAUGAAGAGCAAACCACUCCCCGCUGCAAAGUCUGUGUGAAGGCGGUAUCAACCCGUCACCACGGAAACGAAUUCAGGAGUAAACGCUUAAGUUUUUUGUCAUAUCGGCGUUUCAGGUGACUGUAAACGGUACUUUUUGAAAAGGGGUCAGAGAGUGCGUAAAUUUGUAAACGACGACCAUUUCAUAUCCGUGUGGAUGUUUAUCUACAUCUCUGGAAACGAUCAUGUGACACACAGCGUAACUCUUUUAUGGCGCCUGAGCGUGUCCAACCAAAACUCUUGUUCUGUCUUCUUGUUCUUGUUCAGUAAGUGCGUCACAGCGCCACUUACUGGCUUGGCAUAUGAACUACAUUGUUUUGAGAGAUGGUAGAAAAACUUUUUAUUUUUGAAGUGAAGUUUAGUGAAGUUGUCACUUGAUAAAAAAUAAAAAAUCGUGUUUUAAAAGAUUUUAUUUUUGGCCGAAAUCGUGCAGCACUACCUGAAACCUGCUCUACCAGGAACCGAAUCAAAACUCCAGGUUCUGUGAUAAAUCUGUCGAGUAUUUUCAUGUCCUACCUGAACUGUAAAAGGGUCACAGUUCAGCUUUGACUCAGUUUCAUUUCUUCGUCUGUAGAGUUAUAGAAUUACAUAACAUAUCAGGGCUGCCUGUUGACUGUACGGCAAUAACAGAUGGUCGGGUCGUUUGGACGUGAAACUCGAGAAAACAGUGUAACCCAAAUAAGAGUCAAGCUGCGUUCCCAAACAUGAACCCCCCCUGAAGUGUACUGGAGCAUGUGACUGUUCUUCAAUGAAGGAUCGAGUCACAGCAGGACGUUCAGGAUAAAUACAAAAUACAGACAUCAGCUGAUCAGAGAUUGAUCAGGAAUAAAGUCCUUUAAAGUCAAGUUCCUGAAAAAGAGACCAAUCCUGCAACUUCAGACAAAACGAAGAAAAGUCUCAGAGAUGUUGAAGUGAUUUCAGACCUGAAUCAAACCACCACAGGUAGUUUUUAUCGCCUUAGAAAGUCCUAAAGGGGGUCACCACAGCUGAAGAUCUGCAGCCGUCUCGACCCUCCGUCAACAAGAGCUCUGCGUCCAAACGCUGCGUUCGAGUGUCAGGGUUCGUACUGUUCAUUACGUUACAAACAGAACAGACUCCCAACAGGGACCAGCUUCAGUAAACACGACAGUCAUGUGAUCAAUACCUGAAGGUCAAUGGUGUUAAAGGAAGUGAACUAGACUGCUGAUGUGGACAAAACGCCGGAUCGAUGAGGCGGUUAUCAGAGGACGCUGACCCCCAAAGAAAAACACCGUUCACAGAACACUGAGUGUCUAAACAGAGAGACUUUGACUGUUUACUCACAAAGACCUUGACUGGGUUAUUUAAUCCAUGAGCUUUUUUUUAAUAUUAUAUAAUCUGAAGGAAUAAUUCAGGUCUGUUUGAACCUGGAUCCUGUUGGAUUAUGUUCAGGUGGUUUCAAAGAUUUUAAAGGUCAGCCCCUGCGGAACAUUCGACCCAGGAUUAUGACAUUUGGUAAACAUACGUGUCACAUCCAGACCGACCGGAGUGACUAUGCUGACCUGAAUUUUAGUCACCGUCUGGGUGCGCGAGCGAGGCGUUAUUGACGCGCUUCUAGUACAAUCCAAUAUCUGAUCCAAGGUCGGUGUUCAGUUAUAUUUUUGCCAUUUAUUGAUUCAGUGAAAAACAAACAAAAAGUAAGAAAGAUACGUCCAACUUAUGACAAGGAUGAUGAGGUGAUGAGGGUGAAAGUGGUGUCAGAGAUUAGCGGUAAACACCGUGAGCUCUUCUGUUCCCCAGAUCACUGCUUCACCUGUGUCCUUUUUGUAGCGUUUACCUGCCCGUUCACCUUAAGUGCCCCUUGUGGUGAUUGUGGGAGUAACAAAACAAAACCCAAAAAAUAUAACAGAUAAAAUGGCUCAUACGCCUACAAAAACGCAACAAGAUAUCGAUGAUUCUGUAUAAAACUAGGAUCUUAAAGGUGGGGUAGGCAGGAAUCCGUUAAAGAAGCAUUUUUGUGGUGGAGAAACAAAAACCUUUUAAUAUCAGUCAAUAGUUAUUAGUUAUUGAUGACAUUUGGUAAUAUAUGGAUAUCUCUGUGUUCUCUUAUGUCUGUGUCGUCAACAUUUGAACAUUUUUGAGCGGUCCGCUCUUUCUGACUGUAAACAAAGCCGUUCUCCACCUCCUCUAACCUGAUUGGUUGCGAGGCAGACGCUGCUCCCCCGUGUCGUUCAGGAGCCCAAACAAAGUUAGCGUGCUACAAUAUCGGACAGUAGAAACCAACCAGAAAGUUCGGAAAAUUGUCUGAAUCCUCCUUUGGCCACGACUGCCGACACAAGCGAGAAAACAAAGUAAAUACCGGAGACUCUGGAGGAAUAACGGGCGCUUAAAACGGAGGUAGACCGGACAAGAGCUAAAAAGCCGGGUCAACAUAAACGAUGGGGGACGCUUGGGGAUCUUGGUGACCCUGUAACCUUUCUGCUGGACAGGUAAACCGCUUUAACAAAGUAAGACAAGUGUCUGUAACAGAAGUGUUUCUUGUCAAACGGACCUGCUGUAGCGUGUUGUAGCGCCAUCGCUAAACUGUCCUCCCUCGGGUCCUGGACUAUGUCACUUUAUCCUCGUUGUAGAAGUCCUGCAAACAUUGUGUUUGCUGGUCGUCUGUUGGCAUCUACAGUAGCACCAAUGCUUUUGACUUUCACCUUGACUGGGCCCCAUUUGUAAUGAUCUGAAGUAUUUAUCUGCAUUAUAUCUGAAUUUAAUUGGAACGAUACGAGCGAGCAGGAGCGUCUGUUUGUGGGCGGGGCUUGAGGGGAGAGAGAAAAAGAGAGAGAGAGAGUGUUUCUCUGUGUUGUAUCUUUAACUCUGUGGCUCUAAAACAGUUGAAGUGUGUUUCUGCUCGAUGAGGUUUCUAUGAGGUGAAUAAAUGUUGGUUCAGUUGAUCUUCAGGACGGCUGCAGCUUUAAGAACUUCUGCUUGUUGGAGUUUGAGAGUCUAAAGUUCACAGAGACACUCCUCUUCCUGGAUUGUAGAUAAACUGGAUUUCCCCUCCCUCCUCUCUCUCACAGCUCACUCCACUCUGCUCACUCACUUCCUUGUUCCCUCCCCUUCAGAUCUACAGUUGAGGUUGGGUGUAACCGCCGUGUGCUGAGCUGAUCCUGCUGACUCACACAUGUUGUUGAGAUCAGAGCUCAGACUAGUUUCACUUCUCAGGAAAUAAAACUCAGUCAGUCGUCGACAGCGAGUGUUGAAAUGGCGCAGAAAGGAGUUCAUCUGGACCGUGAGUCUUUCUCUUGUUCCAUCUGUUUGGAUCUUCUGAAGGAUCCGGUGGCUGUUUCCUGUGGACACAGCUUCUGCAUGAGCUGUAUUCAAUCCUACUGGGAUACUGAGGAUGAGAAGAAGAUCUACAGCUGUCCUCAGUGCAGAGAGACUUUCAUACAGAGGCCUGUCCCAAUAAAAAACAUUGUGUUAGCAGGUUUAGUGGAGGAACUGAAGAAGAGCGGACUCCAAGCUGCUCCUGAUGGUUCCUCUGAUGCUGGACCUGAAGAUGUGGCCUGUGACGUCUGCAGUGGGAGAAAACUGAAAGCUGUCAAGUCCUGUCUGGUCUGUUUGAUCUCAUUUUGUGAAAAACACCUCCAGCCUCAUUAUGAAUCUCCUGCCUAUGCUAAACACAAGCUGGUGGAGCCCUCUAAGAAGCUCCAGGAGAACAUCUGCUCUCGUCAUGAUGAGGUGAUGAAGAUGUUCUGUCGCACUGAUCAACAGUCUAUCUGUUAUCUCUGCUCUGUGGACGAACACAAAGGCCACGACACAGUCUCAGCUGCAGCAGAAAGGACUGAGAGGCAGAAAGAUCUGGAGGAGAGUCGAGAAAACAUCCAGCAGAGAAUCCAGGACAGAGAAGAAGAUGUGAAGCUGCUCCAACAGGAGGUGGAGGCUAUCAACGGCUCUGCUGAUAAAGCUGUGGAGCACAGCCAGGAGAUCUUCAGCCAGCUGAUCCGUCUGAUGGAGAAACGCCGCUCUGAGGUGGAGCAGCAGGUCAGAUCCCAGCAGGAACGUGAAGUGAGUCGAGUCAAAGAGCUUCAGGAGAAACUGGAGCAGGAGAUCACUGAGCUGAAGAGGAAAGACGCUGAUCUGCAGAAGCUCUCACUCACAGAGGACCACAACCAGUUUCUGAACAGCUACCCCUCACUGUCAGAACCGGGUCAACCUGCAGAUUCAUCCAGAAUCAACAUCCGUCCUCUGAGAUACUUUGAGGAGGUGACAGCAGCUGUGUCAGAGAUCAGAGAUAAACUCCAGGAUCUUCUGACAGAGACGUGGACAAACGUCUCACAGGCAGUGACUGAUGUGGAUGUUUUACUGUCAGAACCACCAGGACCAGAACCAGAACCCAAGACCAGAGCUGGUUUCUUAAGAUAUUCACAAAGAAUCACACUGGAUCCAAACACAGCACACAGAUAUCUGUUAUUAUCUGAUGGAAACAGAAGAGCAACAAGGACAGAAGAAGAACAGUCUUAUCCUGAUCAUCCAGACAGAUUCACUGAUUAUAAUUGGCAGGUCCUGAGUAGAGAGAGUCUGACUGGACGUUGUUACUGGGAGGUGGACUGGAGAGGGGUCGGGGUUGGUGUAGCAGUCGCAUACAAGACUAUCAGGAGAGGAGGGGAAUCUUUGGAUUGUUUAUUUGGAGUCAAUGACAAAUCUUGGAGUUUAGACUGUGAUAAAAACAGUUAUAGAUUUGGUCACAACAACGUCUUCACUCGUGUCUCAGGUCCUCUGUCCUCCAGAGUUGGAGUGUACCUGGAUCACAGAGCAGGUAUUCUGUCCUUCUACAGCGUCUCUGAAACCAUGACUCUCCUCCACAGAGUCCAGACCACAUUCACUGAACCUCUACAUGCUGGACUGGGGUUAGACUACUGGUUUGGAGACUCUGCUGAGUUUAUAGAAGUGAAAUAAAGAGAAUUUUGAGUCCAUCAGACCAAAAUCAUGGACUGAGAUCCUUGAACUCUUGAAAUGUUCUGGUUUGUAAAUGUUUGUGGAUCAGUCUCACCAAAAACUCUGGGUUUAGUUCUUCAUUUCAGCUUUUUGAUUCUUUUCUAAAGAUGCUGAUUUGGUCGCAGCUUUAAGGACAGUGAUUGUGGAGAACUUUGAUUGUUUGUAUUUCUCAUGUUGAAAAAUCUUCAUCAAGUUUGAUAUCAACAACAUCAAGAUGAUGGUUUGUUCAAAUCACCUUCAGUUGGUGCAGAUGUUGAAGGUCUGAGACUUUAGAAAAAAGUGAGGUCAAAAUCACAGAAAAAGGACGACCUUAUUUCCUGUCCCAAAUCCAAGCGUCUAAAGUCUUUCCAGUCGUCCCCAAAAACUCUUCAGAUGAUCUGUUUCUUUCUCUGUUUGCUGAAUAUUUGUGUUCAUGUGAUCGAUGGAUAUUUCUGUCUGCUUCUGUUGGAUCAGUGUGUUUGUAAAGACAUCUAGAAUCAGACUUUGGACAGAUCUACAUGUUGUUAUGAGCUUUUCAAUCACUCUAAAAAUAAUAAUCACAUUUAUUAGUCCGACUGUUUGGAUGUUUCUGACUCAGCUCAGAUUGUGGUCAAGUCUCUGAUUGUGGGUAAAAAAAUCAUAAAAAUCCUCAAACUGAGUCACUGAAAUCACCUCGUCUGUUUGUCUUUAUUGUGUCUGUUUCUGCUGGAUGUCAUGUUACCGCUCCGUCCAAGUUUAUUUUUGACCAUAAAAGAGAAAUGAGACUUAUUUCUGUGGUCAAACUCACGUCUCUCACUUCUGUCAGUCCAAACUUAGAGAUACAGACAGAGAGAGAUUUGGAUUUAAAGACAAACUUCAUGUAAAAACGACUUUAAUCCCGUUAAUCCCUGACUCUUUAGAGUUAAUCUGGAUUUUAAACGUGUUUAAAGUUGUUUCACAUUUUGUAAAGUUUUAAGUCCACAUCAACUCAGAACUCCAGGGUCCUGGUCCAGGAUCAGGAAACUCUGAUCCGUGUCCUGAUUUGUGAGUCCAAUAAAAAGUUCGUUAUGAUUCCGACUUUUAGAUUUCUUAUUCCGAUAAAAGCGGCGCUGCUUCAUCUGUGUGGUGCAGACGUUCGUAGACACGCCCACAGCCGGCUGUAAACACCAGAGGAGAUAACGACAGUAAGUUCACAGUCCAAGUUCAUGGAGUCACGAGUUCAUGAUGGAGGACAGCAUGUGAGAGACGAACCAAGUUCAGGUUUAUGAACCGAUUAUGGGUCAGUCCAGCUGAUCUCUAGUCUAAGGAAAGAAGUCUGGUCCACAAGAAGAAAACCGACUUAAAGGUGAAGUAGACAGGAAUCUGUUAAAGAAGCAUCUUUUUAUUUGGUGGUUUUUAUACAAAAAAUCUUCUAAUAUCAGUCAAUAGUUAUUAGUUAUUGAUGACAUUUGGUAAUAUAUCGAUAUCUCUGUGUUCACUUACGUCUGUGGAGGUAGACCGGACAAGAGCUAAAAAGCCGGGUCAACAUAAACGAUGGGGGACGCUUGGGGAUCUUGGUGACCCUGUAACCUUUCUGCUGGACAGGUAAACCGCUUUAACAAAGUAAGACAAGUGUCUGUAACAGAAGUGUUUCUUGUCAAACGGACCUGCUGUAGCGUGUUGUAGCGCCAUCGCUAAACUGUCCUCCCUCGGGUCCUGGACUAUGUCACUUUAUCCUCGUUGUAGAAGUCCUGCAAACAUUGAUACGAUACGAAACGAUACAAGCGAGCAGGAGCGUCUGUUUGUGGGCGGGACUUGGAGAGGAGGAGUUGAGGGGAAAACUGGUUGGAGGGGUAGAGUUUACAUUCAAGAUUUCUCCUAAAAACUGGAACUAACUCAGAUCCUGACUACCGCACCUUUAAGGGGUCUUUCUUUGGUUGAUAUUGACCCCGUCCUUGUCUUGUCCCUGCAGGUUUUCUUCAGAGGAGCGUCAGUCAACGCUAUAAGAGGAUUCCCCAUGAGCGCCACCAUGUUCCUGACCUACGAACUCUCCCUGCAGUUCUUCAGGAGUCUCUAAAACGAAGGAAACGUCCCGGUGAUAAAAGGUGCUCCGAAGUUGUGUCACCCCGUCGGUGAGCUAGCUGCUUUUGAACUAAUGCUAACUCGCACCGACGACAACCAAGCCUUAAAACCGGACCACGACCACAGCGCCCCCAAGUGGAACAAAACAACUGGUGGAUCAGUGACUUUUUUGUCUUUUUGUUUUUUAAAAUCUUGUCUUAAAAGUUUUAGGACGCAGUGAAAAAAUCAAGUGCUCGGACGCCAAAGUCAUCCAUGUUUCUGCGAGUUAGUCCGACUGAAACCACUUUAGCACUUAACCAGACUAACGCUGAAACACUUCAAUCCUGCACUUUUUCAGACACUAUUUAUUCCUCCUCUAAUCAGAUAUGGAGAUGAUUCAUUAUGAUUGUCUUACAGUUAUUUCAGAGACUGUGAUAUUGACACCGACAUAGGUCAUAUAUCGUCACCCGUGAAGGCGAACACUAACUUUGUCUGUUAACUGAUGAUUAGUAACACAGCUGUAAUCGGUGUAUACGGCACGGUUAGUAAUUAUUGGAGGAUGGGACACGUGGAUGAUUUUGGUUUCUGCUGAAAAUGAACCAAAGACCCCCGUGUGCGUGUCUGUGUGUGUGUUUGUUACCGUGACAACAAAACGACCUGAAACUUUCUUUUUUCUUUUCUCCUCGAAGAAAAGCGAUUCGACGAGACUGUUUUUAUUCAGAGUUUGAAAACUUUUUGAGAGUAAAAGUGCACAACAGUUUUUUAGACCCACUUGACUGUAAAAAGUUUUCUUUAAUUCACUUAAACGUUUUCGCUAAUUUCUCCAAAUUUGUGUUUUUAUCCUGCAAAUCAACACGUCAAUGAUAACAGUGUUUUAUUCACCUGAAGAAGGGAGCAGUGCACUUUGAUUUCAUCGAAAUAUAGAGCUAACGUUGAAUAGAUUUAAAUGUUUUUAUAAAAGGAUGUGACAUUUUCAACAACAGCGAGUUUGAACUUUAAUCAUCUCCAUGUUUCAGUCGCAACUUUCUUUUAGCUGCUCCAACAUCGAUCUGUGGAGCAGCAUACGUUGUUGAAAAUGACGCAUCCUUUCGUAUGUGAAACUCGUGUUAGCAUACUUGUAUAUAAUAUGUGUGUUUCUUACAUUAAGAAAGUUUAUAGAGUUAUUCGAACUUCACUUUAACGUCGCAGUUACAUGACUGUCUGUCAAACCACGUACAGAAACUGUUAGUUUGGUAACAGAUGCUGCUUUUAAAGAUUCGCCGUCGAUGUGAAAAGAGGGCGGAAACUUCAAAAGUGGUGUGAACUGUUCCCGUCGUAGAAAGGAUUGUUACGAUUUCAGAGUAAAUACCGUCCAAAAACAAACCCCGCCUCUGCAGGUGAAACAGCUUUUAUAUCAUGUAAAUAAUGUGUAAAUAUGUGGAAACAUUCCAGAUGCUGGAGAGCUACAAGUGUCUGACUGUAAAUAAAUAAAGAUUUUAACGCAUCAACACGA